GAGGCUGGCGGGCGUUGCUGCAGGGGCCUUAUUAUAGUCCCUUGGAAACGAGACUAGAAAGGGUCAUGCAGCUGUCAUCCCACGCCCGAACCCUCUCUUCCAGCGCAGCGCGUCCCCUCCUCGGCGGGGCUGGCUGCUGCCUUGCUUGCCAUCUCUCCCCUCUCCCCUCCUUCCUUAACAUAAUCCUUUGCUCUUGCUGCUCUCUCCUGAGGUAGAGAGACCGGAGGGAGGGAGGUUAUGGAAAGGGAGAGGUAUACCAGGCAGCCAGAGGGGAGGGGGCAAGCGCAGGAGGUCAGGUCUCUCGGCGAAGCAAUCCCACUAGCAGAGUCCGUGUAGGUUUAGUUUCCUCUCCCGGCCUUUCCUCCCCCCCCCCCCCCCCCCCCCCCCCACCCUCCAAAGAUACAGAACAAGAUCGGGGCGCUAGUAGUAGUCGAGGGGAGGGCAGAUACGCACGGUACGUGCGAGCGUGCAUCGUCAACAUAAGAUGGCGGCUUCGUCGUCGUCCUCCGGCGGCGGCGGAUCCCCGGGCCACGCGCCCCGGGGCGGCGGCGGCGGCGGCGGCGGAGGCGGGGGGUCCGGGGCCCCGUACCACCACCACCGGUCGCGGUUCGGCGACACGACGCUGACCAAGGUGUUCGUGGGGGGCCUGGCGUGGGAGACGCCGUCCGAGGGGCUGCGCCAGCACUUCGAGGCAUACGGCGAGAUACUCGAGGCCGUCGUCAUCACCGAUCGCGAGACCGGCCGGUCCAAGGGCUACGGCUUCGUGGUCUUCCGGGACCCCGACUCGGCGGCGCGGGCGGUGCAGAACCCGAACCCGGUGAUCGCCGGGCGGCGCGCCAACUGCAACAUUGCGGCGUUCGGCCCGCCGCGGCCCGCGCAGGCGAGAGGUAGAGGAGGUGGAGGAGGAGGCCGCGGGGCCCCCGCGCAGGAUCAGCCACCGCUUGUCGUGCCCUACAGGUUGCCGUCGCAGAUGACCCCGCCGCCGCACGGCCCUGCCCCGGUGUUCUACCAUCCCCAGUACGGGUACUGGUACCCACCUGAUUAUCCAUACCAACAGGCAUUGUACAAUCCUCAAGUGCUGCAGCAGUACUACCUGCAGAUGUAUGGUGCAACCUCUCCUUCAGGACCACCCUACCAAUACAUGGGGAUGGGAUACAUGCCUGGUGCCCCAAGUCCAAGGACUAGCUUCUCGCCGAUGCAGCAACCUGCACGGCCACCAUUCAUUCAGCAGACAACAGCACUGAUGGAGGGUUCUGUUCCACCAGGGCCUUCACUUCCGCCUAAUUUCAGACUCCAGCUUCCCCCUCAUGCAGUAUCAAGGGAAUCUGAUAAUGCAUCCGGAUCUCAACCAGCUCCGCCAACCGCUUCUGAUGCAGCUACAAGCACAAACAACCAGGAAGCUUCAGGGCCUGUAACGUCAAAUUCAGAUCCAAACACCUCAAACUGACUUGCUGAAAAUCCUGGCAAAACGAUCUGAUGUCAAACUGCUGCAGACUAUUGGUGGUCUGACAGAGUCCAUGAUACUCACAUCUUGACUGAAAAAACAUCCAAAGAUUUGUUCUUUCAUUAUUUCUGAUUCUUUUCGAAUUCUUGCAACGCAUUUCUUCGCUGAAUCCAUUGUAUGGCCAACUGAAUUUCAAGUUCAAAAUUCAGAAAUUCGUCAGAAUAUGUUCCAGUA